AUGGCUACGCUGGACAUCCAACUGUCGACUUCUACCGAACUUCGCUUGCCUUUUGUUAUCUAUGAGGGUGACACAGUCAUUUGCCAAACCAGUGACGGUCGCAUGUUUUUCCAGACCGUUACCAAGAACGAAUCCAUUCGAGUCGGCAAAAAAGUGGCAAAUCUGAAACCUGUCAUUGGAUCUUUCUAUGGAGCAAUUUUUGAGGAACAGAAUAAAAAGUUGGUGAAAGUGACAGGUGGUCUUUUUCCGGAUCCAGUGGCGCCAGAAACUGGAGAAGAUUUUGUGCCUGAUGGAGAUAACCGACAUUAUGCUGACACCAAUUCGGCACAGACAUUGAAGCAGGCGGACAUUGGUGAAUUGCGUGAGAGCGGCGCAUCUGGAAAGGAGAUUAUCCAGAAGUUGGUGGAAAACAGUUCGACAUGGGAGACAAAGACCGAGUUUUCCAAGCAGAAAUACCUGAAAAAGAAACAGCAAAAGUACAUGCCGCGAGUGCGUUUCUUGCGCUGCACGGCGGAGUCGCUCUGUCGUACUUACCGGUUGAAAAAUCCAGCCAAAAUCUGCAAUUUGCGGGAGGACUCUCUGGGGCAAAUUUUGGUCUACGGAAACAUUUUUGCUGGCGGACAGGUGCUUGUGGUCGACACCUGCAUGGGUUUGGUCGCUGGUGCAGUGGCCGAACGUCAAGGAGGCUCCGGACGCAUCAUUUGUCCAUUUGAUGGCCAGCAACCUGCUGCUGACAUCCUCCGUCGUUUUAACUUUGACAAGCGCACGCUGGAGUCCAUUCACUAUGUGCCGUUUAAGCAAGUGCGGUUGCUUGAGUUGAAAGAAGAAGAGGUGGUAGAGUCUCCAAAGAUAGCAAGGGACGGCUUGACAUUAGAAGAGCGAGAGCGACUUGCAGCGGAACGUGCGAAGUAUUUUACACCUGAGCAGCAGAAGCGUUACGCCGAGAAGAAGGCACGUCGCGAGGAGACCAAGAUUUUUCGUCAAAAGCCAUCGACAAUUCGCCAGUGGGUCCGUGAAAAGUCCGAUAGCCUGGUAAUAGCGGCGAAUUUCGACCCCGAGGAGGUUCUUAUGGCUCUGCUGCCGUACUUGGGCCGAUCAAAGCCGUUUGUCGUCUACUCCGAAUUCCUCGAGCCUUUGACCCGGACGUUUGCGAGACUUCAAAAGAUGGAGGCCAUUAUUGAUCUUCAACUGAACGAGACGUGGACGCGCGAGAACCAGGUGCUGCCAGGUCGAACGCACCCAGAGAUGAAUAUGAGCGCUUGCAGUGGCUAUUUACUCUGGGGAAUCAAGAUCCUCGACAUUCCGUCCCUAGGAAGCUUACAGAACGUUUCUGAGAACGAAAAUGGAGAUAGUGCAGCAGAAUGCGAAGGAUCCUCAGCAUUGAAAAAGAUGAGAUCGGAUACCGAGUGA